CAGGGAGCCGCUCCGCUCCGCUACGCCGCUAUAGAGCCGCUAUUUGCCGCUAUUGACUACUAUGGUAAAACGAUCGAUUUGAUAUUUAACUAUUCUAGAUAAUUUAUCAAGAGAGAUAGAACUUUGGCCUCUAUAAGUGAUUGGGUAUGCUCAACAUACAUAUAUGAAUUUCCCAUUAUAUCUAUUCACUUCUUCUACUUACACUCUCUGCACAACUUCACAUUAUUAGGACAAUGGUUGAGAAAUAUUUUUUUUUUGAAAGAUAAAGGAAUAUAUAAUCAUAACCACAAAAAAUCCCUAAGGACAGCACCCUUAAGGAGGAAAGAGCCCCAAAAAGCGAGGAAUCUAGAAGAACAAAAUAUAACCCUUCUAAGCCGAAAAAAGGGAUCAACACCGACCUAAUAACCAAACCGGACAUCAAUGGGAAAACAAUAACACACCCAAGGACAGCCCCAAAACAUAGCCCGAAAACUACACAAAUCAAGCCUUGAAGUGAUCUUCGUAUACCUUUUCCAAACCUCGAAUAGCCUCUACGUCGCUUCCCUCAAACUCAAGCCCCAAAACCUUGCCAAGAAGCCACGUCUUUUUUGACCGAGUGAAGAGAGGGCCACCGCUCGCCGGAACAGAAGCCAACGAAGCCAAAUGGGAAGAGCCCUCGUCGACACCCCUCACCGCCACGCAAGCCAGGGGGCGAGCAUGGGGAAUCUUUUUGGGUCGACCACGCCGGCGGGGCAACAGAGCAGGCACCACAUCAGCCAGGCCCUCAACAGGCACAGAGCCAGCGACCUCCUCCGCCUCAGCGAAAGGCAAAGCCGCGGAAGGAAGAGGCCCUGACAGAGCCGGCGAGACCACCUGAAGCGAAGAGGUCCCAACUGCCGAAGAUCCAGAUCCUGAGGAGACUGAAACAGAAGAAUUGGGGCAAACCCAACUCUCACUACUCAAACCAUCCGGAUGCAGACGCAAGAGAAGAAAAUUCCUCAAAGCCGUCGAACACCAAGAACCCAAAGCCACCGACAGAAGAGAGGGAGCAAAAGACAAGCAGAAGCGAGGACCGUAGGAGAGGUUACGAUUCCAUCUCCCAACCGAGGAACCUUUGAGAAGAAAAGACAAACCAUUCUCCCAAAAACCACGCACUUCUGCAAGAUUUACAUCUGAGAAAGCACCCCUCUGAUCUACAACCACUUCCGCCUCCUCAACAACAGCUAAACCGUCUCUAUGCCAACACUCGUCCCCAGCCAAAACCAGCGCCAAACUACCAUCACUGACAUCAUUUAGCCCUUCUCCUAUCUUCGCUUCAUCAUCCAAAUCGGAGCCCGUAAAGGAAAUCUCUGGGAAGAGGAAAAUAUCCGGCACUCUCAGCAUCGUUUCAUUCCUACAUCCAACACCACCGAUCAUCCUUAGCUCAUCCUCAGGAAAAGGAAUCACGCCACUAACCUUCCUCUGCCCCAAGACAGCAUCCCGCCAAGAAACACGCGCAACGAGCCUCUGCCCCUGAUCAGAGGAAGCCUGAGAACUCAACCCAAAACCGCUCCGGGGAAAGCCACAGUCCCGAGGGGCUCUGGCCAAGGAAGCCGACAGGGAAGCACUCCCCAAACGAAACCCAUUCAGACCUUGAAUAGCCUUCAGCGCUUGAUCUCUCAAUCCAUAACGAACAAAACCAAAUCGGAAAAAUCUACCAAACUUCCUCUGCCGUUGAACAAAGAGAUUGACAACCUUGCCAAACUUCGAGCAAAUAUCACGAAGAUGGAGGUAAUCGGACGACUCUUCGAUCCCGUCAAUGAACACAGAGAAGCAGGACCUCCUACCAGCGCUGCACCAUCUCGUUCCUCCGUCUGCUUCACCGUCCAGCUCAUCACCCUCCUCCUCGCCAUCCACUUCGCCUACGCCUCGAUCAGCCGUCGACCCAAUCUGUCUCGUCGCCGCCGAAGGAGGGGCGAAAGACCUAGAAGCCCUAGCAGAGGGGAACAUAUGUUUUUCUAUUAUCCCAAAAAUAUAAAAAAGGAAAUGAUAUGGUUGAGAAAUAUUAAAAGCUUUGUUUUCCACUAAAAAUGAUUAUUUUGAAAUCUUAGUUAAUUGUCUCCAAAAUUCAAGGUAAAAAUAUUCUUAUUGUUUGACUUAUUGUUAUUGAUACUCCCUCCGGUCCUAUUUAUAAGCAUGAAAGAGAAGAAAAAUCUUGGUCCUUUUUAUAAGAACCAAAUGAAAGUUUGAGCUAUAUUAAUUAAUUUUUUCCAAUGAUGCCCUUAUUAAUUCUAACUUGUAAAAUGUGUCUCAUUAAUUAUUCUCUCUCUUUUCCACUUUCCAACACUAAUAACAAAGGGUAAUUUUGGAAGUUCAUUUUAAUUUAAGACAAAUUUAAUGCAUUUUAUCUAGUUUAACUACAUUUCUUAAACUAUGCGAAUUUUUUUUUUGUUGCUUAUAAAUAGGACCGGAGGGAGUAUAUUUUACUUUAAUUUUCAGAGAAAAGUGAUAUCGGAAACACAACCUAUUCUAGAAGAAAGUAUCAAGAGAUUCUUGCAUCAAACCACUUUUAAAAGUAGUUUGAAAGUGGCAGAUUUAGGUUGCUCCUCGGGACCAAAUGCACUUUUGGUCGUAUAUAAAAUAUUGACUAUCAUCAAUGAAACUAAAAAUAAUUCAAAUCUUGAGGCGCCUAUACUCCAAGUUUACCUUAAUGAUCUUUUUGGAAAUGAUUUUAGCGGUAUCUUCAAGUUACUUCCUGAUUUCUACCAAGGGGUACAAGAGAGAGGACACAACAAUGGAGCAUGCCUUAUACAUGCAACUCCAGGGAACUUCUAUGGGAGACUUUUUCCGAACAAUUACAUCAAUUUCUUUCAUUCUUCCAGUAGUCUUCAUUGGCUCUCACAGGCUCCAGAAGAAUUGACUACGGGAGAAGAACCACUAAACAAGGGUCAUAUUCAUAUAACAAAUACAAGCCCUGAAAUAGUCUAUAAAGCAUAUUUUGAGCAAUUUCAAAGAGAUUUUAAAUUGUUUCUAAGAUCACGUUCAGAUGAACUAACUGUUGGUGGAAGUAUGUUACUAUCUUUCCUUGGAAGAGAAAAUUCUUUAUUUGAAAUAGGUACUUCAGGAGCCUUAAUUGGGAUGAUACUCAAUGACAUGGUCUUAGAGGUAUGGCUAAAAGAAAGAGACAUUGUCUUAGGACUUCUUCUUCAGCAACAACACCCCAAUAAUCUGUUUCUGCACGUCACAGCGACCUUAUAUCGCAGCAUGUUGACCAUGUGCAACAGCUUAGUGAGUCUAUACCGCAGCAUAGUGAGCCUAUACCGCAGCACAAUGAGCCUAUACCGCAGCAUAGUGCACCUAUAAUCAAGGAGGUUCAAAAUCAACAGCCCACACAACGUGCUCAGAAGUCUACAAAAAAAUGGGACAUGGACCUUAUUGGUAUGCGAUUCAUUUCUUAACACUUUCUACAAUAUUUUCCUUUGCACAUACAACUAGUUAACAUACAUCAUUCUUGUUUAGUUUGUAAUUUUUGAAAUAAUUAUUACUUUUCAAAAUCAUAAGCUUCAAUACAUUAGUACUUUUCUCAUAAGAACUUAAUAUAUAUAUAUAUAUAAUUUCACAUAGGCAUUAAUGUAGUUCCUUAUUUCAUCUUCCAUAAAAAUUCAAAUAUUCUCAAUUUGAUGUGUGUGAAGUUCAAAAGUAGCAGGAUAUGGUUACAAAUUGACCACCAGUAGAAAAUACCCCAUCAGAUCUGGCCCCAUCGUUUAUUGGGUAUUUCAGCACAGAAUUUACAUUACUAGCUAGCUUGGUAAUAAGUCAUCUUUUUGUGAUGGACAUGAUUAAAUUUGUGUAUUGCAAUGUCUCUAUCUCCAUGAUUUGGGAUAUCUUCCUUCCGAACCUUGUGAAUAAUUCAUGCAUGAUGUCUUUGCCAAACGAAAAUGAGAAAAGAGGUUCCAUGACAGCUCUGAGGGACUUGGAAAUCAAAUCUCCUCUCACUUUGUUAUCAAGAAUAGAAACAUCAAUGUCAUCUGGAAGGUGUGAAUUCCAACUUAUUUGAAUAGUUUUCAAUGUUUGAAUGGUAAAUGAUCCUUCUUCCUCAAUUAUUUGUUUAACUUCCUCCAUCGUAGGACAAUAUAAAGGCAUAUUAAAGCAAUCC